GUUCGACAUCCGACAGUAACAAAAAUGACAAAAUGCUUUAAUGAUGACACAGACCACCAUAUUUGACAAUAAUCUAAAUCAACUCUAGUGGUGUCGAAAUUCGGUCAAAAUGAUAUCGUUUAUUUAUUUUGUCGAUCCGUUAAGAGCUAUUAAAAUCCAGUGAAUUGUGUACAAGUAAGGAUGGUGCAGUCGCCUCGAAGUUAAGUGUUGAAAAUGGCAAGUAACGAUAGGUCAUCAAGCUCUCCCAACUUCCAUAACUUAGCGGAUAUGCCCUCAUCGUCUCAGACGAGGCAUUCGUUGCCGGCGAUGUCGGCCUCGGAAUCGUUUCAAAGAACCGUGGAAAGCGCUAGAUAUUUCCGGGAAAACAUAAAUAACGUAAUUAGAGAAAUUCAACCUUUGGUGGAAACCGCCCGUUCUGUCAACGCCGGCGUUCAAAGCAUCUCGUUCACGUCGCUCCUAAAUCGACCUUCUUCUUCUUCUUCGGAUUCCAAUAUUUUGCGUCAACAUUCUGCACCGGCCGAGACUAAUUCUAGUUUCGUCGUAAAUAUCGACGGGCCGGACAUUCCUAAUGAAGCUCAUACGCAUAAUAAUUCCAAUAACAACGUGAACGAUGCGUCCGAAGACACAAACAACGCCUCUGAGGGGGAAAAUCUUCAAACAGUCGUCGAGGCUCAACAGAUGCUCCAGGUGAUCCUCAAAUACAUUCCAUUUAUAUUAAUACUUCUUGCCAAAGGUAUUUACGAUUAUCACGAGGGUAUUUUCAUUAUUCUCAUUAUGUUGAUCACAUUCGCCAAUGCCAAUUCGACUGUCCGAAGGGAGGCAACCAAGAGGCACAGGAGGAGCAUUUCGAGCCUUGGGGUGGCCCUUUUGUACAUUGCCGCUUGUUUGCUAUUCAUACAUUUCAUUUUCGACGAUGAAUUCCACAAAUUCAACGACGUACUUAACUUGGCCCUCAUACGAACAUUCCAACACCCUCUUACGGUAUGGAAUUUGAUGUGGAUAGUCGUGGUCACUGACUUCGUCCUCAAACUCCUCACCAUAGUGAUCAAAAUCUUGUUCUCCAUGCUGCCAGGAAGAAUCCUCGGCUUCCAAAAGAGGGGCAAGAUCUAUCUUUUCAUAGAAGCGUUCUCCCAGAUGUAUCGUAGUAUGGCUACGAUACAACCUUGGCUGUACUAUCUUCUGGAAAGUUAUUCGGGACCUGAGAAAAUUGUUGCUGUCUUCUUAUCCGCCUUCUAUAUGAUCUCCAAGGGCCCAGACUUGAUGGGUAGACUCAAACUGUUCAAAACAGCCUGUUUCAAGUUGCUCCAAAAUGUGACUGUUGGUUCCGCGCCCAGCAAAGAACAAAUCCAGACUGCUGGCGAUCAUUGUCCUAUAUGUCACGACCAGUACGAUGCUCCGGUACUGUUGGAAUGUAGACACAUAUUCUGCGAAAACUGCGUUACCACCUGGUUCGACAGGGAGCAAACUUGCCCCCUGUGCAGGGCCAAAAUCGUCGACGACCCAUCGUGGAGAGACGGUUCAACGUCGUUCUUUGUGCAGAUUUUUUAGGGAUGCGCACUCGAAGUAGGUUCUGUUAAUUUUUUUUUUAAGAAAGUGGUUGUUUCAAAGUAGGUCUACUUCCGGUCGAGAAAGGGUGUAACAAUGUACUCCCUGUUCGGAGUUUUUUAAGUGUCAUUAUCCUUGUUUUUAAAUUUUAUCAAACGUUUUUUUCUUUUUAAAUUUAACAUGUAGGUUUUCCAGUUCCAACAAUUUUUCGGGUGAUUAAAAAGGGAGAAACCUAGACUAUCUUUCCGUAUUCGAGCUAUUAAGGCAUAGAAAUUCCGUAGCUGAUAUUAGCUCCUUCGGAGGUGAAUUUUUUUCGGUUGAAAAUGUUAAAUUCAAUGUUAUAAACGAUUCGUUUUCGUGUCCGAAGUCGUAAUAAUCUUGAAUUUUGUUAUUAGAAUGGGUGAUAUAAUUUUACGCAUGAAUAUUUAUAUAUAUAUUUUUAUAUAACGAUUUAUUUCAGAAAUUGUAAAUAUCGGGUCUAUAGACAAUUCUUUAUAUAUUGCUUUAUUAUUUUUAUUAUAUUGUUGUCGAAGUUUUAUAAACCUGUAUAAAAAUAUAUAAUCUGUUGAGGA